AGCGCAUACAGAAGAGACUGGGCUCGAUCCCUGGAUAAUGUCUGAAACUCCCGAACCCCCACAAAUCGAAAAGACUGAUAAUUGCCUUUCACAGGAUUGUGUUAUCAAAAUUUUCCAAGUUUCCGAAGAGAAAAGCUCAAUCCAUGAAGCAAACAUCGAAUGGAUCCUGAAGAAUUUUCGAUCAUUACAGAGGCAGAGAAAAAUAGGUGUACUACGGGAUGCUUCCGUGCUGACUUGGAGAGUGAUAUACACUUCUACCGUGGUGGAAUAA